CGUCGAGUUUGGUGAUUCUAUUCCUGGAACACCCUGAAACUCCUCCUCAGCAAGCUUUACUUCAGAGCUUGCGAACAGAAGUAAAGCUAAGCGUGCUCUAAGCCGUUAAACCGAAUAGAAAUGAGUCGCGAGCGUCAGCAUUGCGGGCAUGCAUCAUUAUGUGGAAAGAGAACAAAAGUGCGGUGAAUGAUUGUCUCCGUUGAAAUUUUGGUUUCUUCAAAGUUUUACGGACACGAAACACUCGAGUUUGUUGUGGCUUUUUAAAUUUCAUUUUUAGUUGUGGAGAUUUUGGUUUUAUAAUUGGAGGGUGAGAUAAAAGGUGAAGUUUGUUGGGCAAACUUGACGAGUGAUGGUGAUUGAUCGGGAUUUAAUUUUGGACAAAUAAAAAAAAAAAAUUUGUAUAUUAUGUCAAAAUUCUAGAGUUGACAGCCGAGCUUUCGAUUGACAGGAGAUAAAUGAAAUGAUAUAAUUUUAGUUAGUUGUAGAUGGUUUAGUAAAUAAAACGGGUGAAUUUCAUUCAUGUCAUGAUGCAUUUAUUUGGAUUCGUCGGGAGGCUUACCAGCGCGUGCUGACAAAUUGAUGAGAUUGAAAGAAAUUUUUUACGAAAUAAAGUGAAUAAUUGACAGCUGUGAUUCGUCAGAUUUAUGAUUCUUAUCCCUGCAUAUAAAAGUGUGAGAUAUAAAUCAACAGGUGUGUUGUGUUUAAAAUCCGCGGAAAAUAUUAACGCCAGAAAAAGAGAAAAAUAUCGGUGAGUGCUUGAGCAUUCGAACAUUGGCAAUUUGUCAAACAUCUGUCAGAUUUGUUGUUCCAUUAUUGAAUAACAGGACGGAAAAGGGAUUUGUAUGUAUAAAACUUGCUAAAUCAAUAUUCACUCGAGUCCAUUUACUCCACUGCAUGUAAAAUCUCCAAGUGACAUAACUAAACACGAUUGUUGCAAAUAAAAAACAAAAAUACAAGACGAUACUCGGAACAUCUUUUCUCCGAAAUUAUCACUAUAUCUUCGUAGUCAAGUGAAUCAUUUUCAUUUAUUGCUCGUUAAAAAUCACGACCACGAGAAAAAUGUAUUUUUAUACUUUUGAGAAAUGCAAAAAAACUCAAACCGAGUGUUGAAAAAAAUAUUUUUUAUGCUAAAAAAAUGUAUAAAAUGAAAAUUUUAAAAUUUCUUGUACGAAAUUUCUCAACAAAAUAAAUAAAAUAAUGCAACGGCUGCGGAUACAUAAAGAAGAAGCGAAUAAUCUUAUGGGUCCUUUGGAAGAAAAACGUGCGUGGAGAGUGACUGCGCGUAAAAAAUUAUCCCUAUCACGGACGAUACUGGAUAGAUAUUUAAUAGAUUCAAAGGAAUCGGCGGCUGGAGUUCUGGGGUAAAAGAUGUUGGACAUAUUCCGCGGCUUAAAAAGCCUUAUUAAGAGUUCAAAUAUCCACACGGACACAUCUGUGUUCCGGCUGCACUACCGUUUUACGGUGAUAGGACUGAUAGCAUGCUCACUUAUCGUAACGACUAGACAGUACGUGGGUAAUCCAAUAGAUUGCAUACAUAGUAAGGACUUACCCGAAGAUGUUCUCAACACUUAUUGCUGGAUUCACAGCACUUACACUAUUGUAUCGGCGUACAAGAAAAAAGGCGGCGUUGAAGUUGCAUUCCCAGGUGUUGAUAAUUCAAGAUUGUAUCCUGAAAGUGAGAGAAAGGAAUAUCGGUAUUACCAAUGGGUUUGCUUCAUGCUUUUUUUUCAGGCAAUAUUAUUUUACACACCGCGAUGGCUUUGGAAGGGAUGGGAAGGCGGUAAGAUUCACGCGUUGAUGAUGGACCUCGACAUCGGUCUCUGUUCUGAGGUGGAGAAGAAGCAAAAGAAGAAAAUGCUUCUCGAUUAUCUGUGGGAAAAUCUCCGCUACCACAACUGGUGGGCCUACCGAUAUUAUCUCUGCGAGGUGCUAGCCUUGGUGAAUGUUAUUGGCCAGAUGUUCCUGAUGAACCGUUUUUUCGAUGGCGCAUUUCUGACCUUCGGGAUCGACGUCCUCAGGUUCCUCGAAUCCGACCAAGAAGACCGAAUCGACCCUAUGAUCUACGUUUUUCCGCGUAUGACCAAGUGCACUUUUUACAAGUACGGAGUCAGUGGGGAAGUUGAGAGACAUGAUGCUGUCUGUAUACUUCCGCUAAAUGUCGUUAAUGAGAAAAUCUACGUCUUCCUGUGGUUCUGGUUCCUACUUCUCGGCAUCCUCAGCCUAUUGACUGUUAUAUAUAGGAUUGUCAUAAUUUUUUCUCCGCGUACGAGAGUUUACUUAUUGAAAUUGAGGUUUCACUUAGUAAAAAGAGACGCAGUGGAGACAAUAGUGCGACGUAGCAAAGUGGGCGACUGGUUCCUCCUCUACAUGCUUGGUGAAAAUUUAGACACGAUAAUUUACCGCGAUGUAAUGCACGAGUUGGCCAACAAAUUAUCUACGAGGCAUCAUCACAACGUCUCUACCAUAAAAGGGGAACUGCAGGAAGCCUGAUACAGGCAGUGUUGGUUUAAGACAGCCGAACACGACUGGAUUGAUCGCCCCCGUCUAGUCCUUUUCACGGGACUACUGAGUAGAGUCAAUGACUCCGAUUAUACGAUUACGAUUGAAUCUGUGGAUCCCAGGCGAGUAAAAAAUACCAAUAAGAUCAACGAGUAGAGUAGAGGAGCUCAAGUGAAACAAUUUACAAGGGAGAAAAAAUACCAGAUAUUCCAUGACCCGGAAGCAAUGUAAAAUGAACCGAUUCUAAUCCAAAAGAAUGCUACAGACAAGGAAGAAGAGUAAGAAUAGAAAUACAAGACAAUUGGAAAAUACGACGGAUUGAAUCCGAGUUAACGAGAAAUAACACCGUAUUAACGCUAACAAAGUUUUAUUCACUGCCAGCAGUCUGGUGAACGAUCUAUCGAUAUUUUAUUGGGGUGGAGCAUAAAUUUCUCGCGAUCGUUAACCAAGCCUAGACAAUUCGAUUGUUUUAAUUAAAAUAAAUCGAAGUGCCAUUUACAUUCAACUAAUAAUUUUUUUUUUCUGAAAAUUAUCAUCGGUAUUUAACAUUUUUUUUGCAUGUCUUAAGCGCGUAAUAUUCUACAGUUACCUAAAAAUGAGAACGAUGAUUUCAAGAAUUAAUUCUUUUUAAAAUGAAUUUCAUCUGAUUAAAUUAAGCAAAAAUCGAUUAGAAAAAAAAAUUACUCAUGAGGCAGCCAUAUUUUUUUAUAAACAGAGUUUCUAAUAAUAGAGUCCACGUGUGCGAGCAUUCCUGUCAAUUUUAAUAAACUGUCACGACUCAUAAAAGGGUUCCGCUCGCAGAAUCAUUCCUUUUCGCAGGAAAAUUCAGCUUUUAAAAGUGAAUUGUAGAGAAAAUUUACUGAGAUAACUUUUAAACUAUUUUAUUAUUUUUAUUGUACUCAAACUCAAACUUCUUUAAUAAAUUUAGGUAUAACAUGAACGCUUGAGGCAUGCACAUUUGGAGUAAUCAAAUUUUUAUUAUUUUUUUUUGUGUUUAAAGAAAAGUGCAUUCUAGUCUUUUUUUAUAAAUUUUAAAAUUUAUUGAGUUCUAUUCUAGUCAUGGAGACACGAUGGUUAUAGUUAACGUUAAUAGUUACGAUUAAGAUUAUGGUUAUGGUUAUGGUUAUUUUAAUAAUAUGUAAUUUAAUAUGUACGGACACGAGGGACUUGCAGAAGCUGAAAAACUUUCAAACAUAGUUAGCGGGAUAAUUGUUUCAAUAAAAAUAAUAAUAAAUAAGGGACGGUAAAAAAA